AAAUGUAUAAACAAAACCUUCAAACUUGUGACCGGUACGUUCCUUCGGAUGGCGUAGACUUAAUAAAAGCAAAACAAUGAAAUUUAACACCUUAAAUGCUGAUAUUGUGGCCGCACUAAGUGCUGCCUUAGCUGUUCGUUGUAUUGUAUCUUUGUAUUCGUAUUCUGGAGCUGGAAAGCAACCAAUGUUUGGUGAUUACGAAGCACAAAGGCAUUGGCAAGAAGUCACCGUAAACCUUAAGCCAAAGGAUUGGUACAAGAACACAACCCAAAAUGAUUUAUUAUAUUGGGGGCUAGAUUAUCCGCCCGUGACAGCUUAUCAUAGUCAUCUCUUGGGUAUUGUAGCGGGAAAUCUCAACCAAAGCUAUGUCGAGUUGAACAAAUCAAGGGGCAUAGAGUCUAAUGCACACAAGAAUUUUAUGCGAUUGACGGUAUUAUUUUCUGACAUUGCAUUAUAUCUGCCAGCUAUUUUGCUGCUUUGUUUAGUGCUCACAAAUCAGGAAGUAAAAAAAUCUCUGCUUGUAUACUUGCUUCCUAUGAUUUUUUAUCCCGGACAAAUUCUUAUUGAUAACGGACACUUCCAAUACAAUAACAUGUCGCUUGGCUUAUGUUUGCUAGCUAUAGCUGCCAUUUGUAAAGAACGGUUUUAUUUGGGAUCUUUCUUAUACACGUUAGCUUUGAACUAUAAACAAAUGGAGCUUUAUCAUGCGUUGCCAUUUUUCAUUUUCCUACUGCGAACGUGCUUUGAUCAAAAAAGAUUCUCGCAGAAGUUCACAACCUUAACGUUUAUAGCAAGCACAGUUCUAAUUACUUUCGCUGUGCUGUGGUUACCUUGGCUAGGUGAUUUGAAAUCAAUACUAGAAGUGGUGGCACGUUUAUUUCCCAUUGGGCGUGGAGUGUUCGAAGAUAAAGUAGCAAACUUUUGGUGUGCUCUCAAUGUGGUUUAUAAAAUCAAAAACAAAUUGGUAAAUCAACAAAUGGCCUUAUUGUGCUUAGGGGUCACUGCAGCUUUUAUACUUCCCAUCAACAUGCACCUUUUUUUCAACAAAAGUAAAGAGACAUUCAUAUUAAGUUUGGUGAGCACCGCUAUGGCUUUUUACUUGUUUUCCUUUCAGGUCCAUGAAAAAUCUAUUCUUCUUGUCGCUGCGCCCGCAUUGUGUUUAUUCAACGCCUACCCUUUGGAAACUCUGUGGUUUUUGGAAGCUACCGUGUUUAGCAUGUUUCCACUGCUUGUGAAAGAUGGUUUGGGAGUACCAUUUUUUUCGCUACUGUUUAUUUAUCAUAUCUGCAUUAAAAAUAUACUUCUAAAGCAGCUUAAUUUUCCACAAUUUAAAGAUAGUUUCCUAUCUGUUCUCUCGUCUAUCUCUUUAUUUUCAAUGUUUAUAAUUGCUCUGUUAUCCUUAUUUGUACCUGCGCCCACAAGAUAUCCAUUUAUUUGGCCUUUAAUAAUUUGUCUUUACAGUUUCUUACAUUUCUUCUUAUAUUUCGUAUUCUGUAUAUCCCGGCAGAUUUGGAAUGAUCAUAAAGGGAAAUCUAAAGUUUUAUGAUAAGAAUGAAUUUAUGUAAAAAUAAGAAUAUUAGUUCUGAAUUAACUAUAAUAAAAGUGAAAGCAAAAAUCAUAGCGCACAGUGACUAUAAA